GAGAGAGGGAGAGCAGAAGGAAGAGGAGGUGAAGAAGAGAGAAAGAACUAUUACUGCAACUACAAUUGAAAGUACCAGAGAAAGUUCUAGUCCUACUCUCACUACAACUGAAACUACUACUAGAGCAAAUUCCAUUUAUACAAAUGCUGUUACCAUUGGAGACGAGUUGUUGGUGCGACUGUCAGACGAGUCGAACAACUGUGCUGGUCGUGUUGAAGUCUACUACUUUGGGGGCUGGACUGGUGUUUGUAGUGAAGGGUUUGGCAUACAAGAUGCUCAGGUAGUCUGCAGACAGCUCAACUGUGGCCGAGCACUUGCUGCUGUGGAGAGGCACUCGGAUUCCUAUUAUCCUUACCUGAGUAAUGUGAACUGUCUUGGUGAUGAAGAAUACUUAUGGCAAUGCUCUUUUCAAGAAGGAGGAUGUUGGGGCAACACACAUGCCGGUGUGAUUUGUGAAGAUUCUGGAAUGCUAGCACCAACAACAACACCAUCAGGUUUCAAAACAAUACCCCAGACAACACCAGGGACAGAACUCAUACUGGUGAAUGGAAGAAACCGUUGUGAAGGCCGUGUUGAAAUUUAUUAUGAAGGAAACUGGGGGACAGUCUGUGAUGACUACUGGAACAUAAACAGUGCACAAGUUGUGUGCAGACAGCUGGGAUGUGGAUGGGCUGUUAGUGCCCCAGGAAAUGCCUAUUUUGGCCAAGGCUCAGGCAGGAUUCUCUUGGAUGAUGUGAGGUGCAGUGGAACUGAAGAAUACUUGUGGCAGUGUCCUCAUAAUGGUUGGGGUGUACACAACUGUGGUCAUAGCGAAGAUGCUGGUGUCAUCUGUUCAGCAUCUGAAUCCACUACAAAAGGUCCUCCAGUUCAUACUCUUACUGUACGACCAUCAGUAACAUCAGGAAAUAAUUCUUGCGGUGGUUACCUUCUGGAUUCAUCGGGAUCAUUCCAUAGCCCCUUCUAUCCUGCAAAUUAUGGAAAUAAUCAAGACUGUGUAUGGACAAUACUAGCAAGCAACAGCUCUCGUAUCAACCUCACAUUUACAAAUAUUUAUACGGAAUGCAACUAUGAUUAUGUUGAGGUCUACGAUGGGCACCUCUACUCACAUCUCCUUGGAAGAUUUUGUUCUGGUUCCUCCCUAUCAUUUGUUUCCACAUCAAAUGUCCUUGCAGUGCGGUUUCACAGUGACUCCAGCGUAACAUAUCCAGGCUUUUAUGCUGUCUACACUUCAUUUCAAUGGUUAUAUGGGACAGAACUCACACUGGUGAAUGGAAGAAACCGUUGUGAAGGCCGUGUUGAAAUUUAUUAUGAAGGAAAUUGGGGAACAGUCUGUGAUGACUACUGGAACAUAAACAGUGCACAAGUUGUGUGCAGACAGCUGGGAUGUGGAUGGGCUGUUAGUGCCCCAGGAAAUGCCUAUUUUGGCCAAGGCUCAGGCAGGAUUCUCUUGGAUGAUGUGAUGUGCAAUGGAACUGAAGAAUACUUGUGGCAGUGUCCUCAUAAUGGUUGGGGUGUACACAACUGUGGUCAUAGCGAAGAUGCUGGUGUCAUCUGUUCAGGUCCUCAUACUUCUACGCCAGAACCACCAGUAACAUCAGGAAAUAAUUCUUGCGGUGGUUAUCUUCUGGAUUCAUCGGGAUCAUUCCAUAGCCCCUUCUAUCCUGCAAAUUAUGGAAAUAAUCAAGACUGUGUAUGGACAAUACUAGCAAGCAACAGCUCUCGUAUCAACCUCACAUUUACAAAUAUUUAUACGGAAUGCAACUAUGAUUAUGUUGAGGUCUAUGAUGGGCACCUCUACUCACGUCUCCUUGGAAGAUUUUGUUCUGGUUCCUUCCGAACGUUUAUAUCAAAUUUUCUUACGGUGCGGUUUCACAGUGACUCCAGCGUAACACGCCCAGGCUUUUUUGCUGCCUACACUUUAUUGCCUUGGUCAUAUGGUCCUUUCCUCCAUUUGGUGAAUGGAAGCAAUAGAUGUGAAGGCCGUGUGGAAAUUGAGCAUCAGUACGGAAUAAAGGGGACAGUUUGUGAUAAUUCAUGGGACCUAAAUGAUGCAAAUGUCGUGUGCAGACAGCUUGGAUGUGGAUGGGCUGUCUCAGCUCCACAAUCGGCAUAUUUUGGCCCUGGCUAUGGCUAUAUUUACCUAGAUAAUGUUUCUUGCAGUGGCAGUGAACCUUACCUUUGGGCAUGCUCUAACAGAGGCUGGGGUGUCCACUACUGCAACCAUCGAGAAGAUGCUGGUGUCAUCUGUUCAGGUUCACUCAAUACAACAACAGCUCCACCUCAGCCUCCAACAUGGUGGUUAAACCAAACAGCUUCACCUGCAAACUAUUCUUGCGGUGGUUUCCUUCCAUAUUCAUCUGGUUCAUUUCAAAGUCCAUUUUAUCCUGGCAACUACCCAAACAAUGCCAAUUGUGUAUGGGAAAUACAAGUAGGAAGCCAUUCACGUAUUACACUUACAUUCCAAUCUUUUACGCUAGAAGUUUGUGAUAGAUAUAGGUGCACAUGUGAUUAUGUUGAGAUCUAUGAUGGAUCACUCAAUAGCUCUCCUUUGCUUGGGAGGAUUUGUUAUGGUUCUUUUCAUACCUUUACAUCAACAUCCAAUAUGAUCACUGUUAGAUUCCGUAGUGAUCAUAGUGUCACAAACAGAGGGUUUUAUGCAAGCUAUCGCACCAUCCCUACAGAUCAGGAUACAACACUUCUUUGUUUACCAGAAUACAUGUAUGCUGUAGUUAGUAGAGCAUACCUGAACUCAGAAGGCUACUCUCCAUGGGAUUUACACUUGAGUGACUCAUCCUGCAGACCAAGAAUCACACCAUAUUAUGUUAUAUUCAACAUACCAUACAAUCAUUGUCAGACCAGAAGAGAGGGAGAUAAAGAUUCUAUUAUUUACUCAAACCUGAUCACAGCAGCCUCUCCAGGCAGCAUCAUUAAAAGGAAAAAGGAUCUUCACUUGCAUGUCAACUGUAAGAUGCUACAAAAUACUUGGAUAGAAACAAUGUAUGUUGCUGAUGACACAAUGGAGGUCAAUAAAACUCAGUAUGGCCGUUAUAGUGCAAACCUUACAUUUUAUGACUCGGCCUCCUUCUGGCAUCCAAUUUAUGACACACCUUAUUAUGUUGAACUGAAUCGGGACUUAUAUCUGCAAGUUUAUCUUCAUAGUUCUGACUCAGAGCUGGUGAUGUUUCUGGAUACUUGUAAAGCAUCACCCUCCUACAGUGAUUUUACCACCGUGUCUUACAGUAUCCUCGAGAAUGGGUGCAUUAAAGAUUAUACCUACCAGACCUAUUAUUCACCAUACAGAAAUAUCUUACGGUUUUCUUUCCGAGCCUUUGACUUUAUUAAUCGAUAUCCAUCAGUUUACCUGCAGUGCAAAGUGGUGGUUUGCAGAGCUUAUGACUAUGCCUCUCGGUGUAAUCAGGGUUGUCUAUCUAGAUCCAAGCGAGACACAAGCUCCUAUCAGGAAAAGAUGGAUGUUAUUGCUGGCCCAAUUGAGCUUCAGAAAGAUGGCAUUCAGAGCAGAAACUUAGAUCCAAAAGAAGAGCUACAAGCAAAUGCAGAAGCCCAUAAUUCAUAUGCACUAUACAUUGUUGUAGCUGUUGUGGCAGUUGCAGUAGUGACUCUUGCUGGAUUUAUUCUGAAAAAUAAAUGGAGGAGGCCAAUUCCAUAUGAGAUAAUGUGAGAAUCUAAAAAUCUUGGGCCACAAUCCAACAUACUAUUAAUUGAGCUAAAUUCAUUGGCUGACAUUGUGACUAAAUGACUCAACUGAAGUCCUAUUGGGAUUAAGUUAUCCUUUAUAGUAACUCCUGAGUAGUACUAAUGAGUAACUUAGUCUAGAUGUCAGCCUUUAAUUUCAAUGAUCUAAAAUACACUUUACUGUUUGGAUUGUGCUUGUUAGAUACAUCUUCAUGAAAGAGAACUUGGCAUCCUAUAGUUCCUUGAUAUUGCCUUUAGAUGAAAAUGUCACUUUAAAGAAAAACAAAAUAUUGGGUAUUUAAACACUUGAAAGGCCAUUGAUUUCACUGGAAGGAACUUAAAGCAGGUGCUUCUUUUUCUCAUUUUAAUCAAAGGAACUGAAAAGUACUUAUCUUUGAUUGGAUAAUGUAAAGCAAUCAGAUUAAUUUGGAAUUGAAGCAUAACACUAGAUCCAAAUAAAAAGAAACCCAACAGGGGUUCAACUCCAGGACUCAAGCUGUUCACUUGCAAUUCAUUCUAGUGGAAAAUGAUGUUUCUGACAUUUCCUUCAGUGUCUAUAGAGCCAUAUCCCACAUGAUUACUUUAAUACAAUUUUCAGUGGGGACAACAUUGUUUUUAUGACAUGCCUCAUUAAGAUUGGGAAAUACUUUUUGAAAAUAUAAAGGAAUCUCAUGAAUAUCUGAGGGGAAAUAGCUAAUUUUAUAUUAACUAUUAUUUAGUUAACUAUUUUAGUUAAAUAGAUAAUCUGCUUUCUUAGUUUUCUUCUCAGUCAUGGCAGAGACUGCGAUAAUUUGGAUGCAAAGAUACAUUUCCUUCUUCAUAAAUUUCCUUUCAGUUUGUGGCAUGUCUAGUGUUCACCACUAAAUUAUGCUAAUUCAACAACCUUAUCCCAAGUUACAGAAUGUUUUGAUUACAUUCACAAUAAAAAGAGAAUUUCAGGUGAAAUAAUGAGGAAAACAACUGUUGCAAUGUAAUGCAAAUUGGCCAGAUUUUGGAUUUAUAGUAACAAUAAAAUGAUUUCCAGCUUAAAUGAAUUCAGGAUGUUAAAAUAUCUAUAAAAUACAAUUCUGUGUCUUUUGGUUGAAACAAACUAGAGUUACAAAUGUGCAAACAAAUAUACAUUGGAUCAAGACAAUUAUGUACCUUAUAAAGAAACUUUGCAAAAUUA